UGUGAGAUUCCAAGAUGGCGGCCGCCAGUGAGUUUCCCAGUGAACUUUCCACCCGUCCCUUUGGUCUCAUAGCUCUUACAGGGUUAGAUCUCACUCAAAAACCUCUUCACAAAGCAAUAUGGGAGUCGUUUUCUGUUAACAGACGUCCUGAGCGGGUCCCAUUGUCGUUUAAACUCGUGCCUAUUGAUCAUGAAUAUCCGAAAGCUAAACCUAAGCGCACAUCAUACGAGUGGUAUAUACCCAAGGGGAUACUCAAGACAAAAUGGAUGAACAAACACUUGGAGCAAGUUCCUGCAUUAAUUGUUGUAUUCUAUGAGCUGGACUGGGAUAAUGCGCAGUGGAAGGAAAAACAGAAUGAUUGUGCAGCUCAAGUAGAGAAAGUCAGAGCUAGCAUUCAUGGUCGUAAUACCAAGGUAGCUGUUGUUCUUAUUCAAAAAAAUGCUCCUCUCCCACCAGGAGAAGACAUGCAAGCAGCCGAGAGAGCAGCAGCAUUAUGCAGCGCAUGUGAUCUGUCAGCCAAAUCCUUGUUUGUACUUCCAUACACAGAUCAUUUAUUUGGUUAUGCAAUAAGGUUAGAGAAUGCAUUCUAUGAGUUGGCACAGAGCUAUUACCAUGGUGAAGCAAGGAAAGUCAAAGCACAUAAGGAAUUUUUGAACAAAUCAACACACCAGUUACUUUUGGUCAGACAUCAAAUCAAGGUGGCUUUUUUCAAUGAACUCAGACAAGAUCCUCAUGCAGCUGUCAAACAUUAUCGCCAGGCUUAUACUUUGAUGUCAGAGAUCAAACUUACAGAUGUCAAUGUCCUUGAAGUCAAAGUUGUUGCUGGAUACAUCAGCUAUAAAAUUUGUCGGCUUAGUUUUCAAGGCAGUGCCCCUCUUGAUGCCAUAUCUCAAUUUCGUAAGCAUGUUGACCUGUGGAAAGAAAAACGUGGUUGCUCUGAGUUAGCCUUUGAACAUUCUGCAUGGUUAUCAAAGCAGUUUUCUUUAUUUGGGGAUUUAUUUGAUGAGGCAAUAAGAAAUGGACUCACAGCACUCCAGACUCAGCAUCCAGGAUUCUAUUAUCAGCAAGCAGCAAAUAAUGCCAUUGUCCGAAGACAACUUUGUGAAGGAUUGUGCCAUCAUCCAUCCUCUCCGAUAUCACUGGAGCCUCUAGCAAAUGCUGGAAAAUUGGAUUUCUAUGGACAAAGACCUUGGAGGCAAGGAUUUCAAGGAGCUGAACCUCUUGAUCAACCUUUAGAACACAAUGGAAUCCUUGCCCUUCAGGCUCAAGAAAUGAGUGUUGAUCAUUCAUGGAUCAUCAUUCCUCUUCUAAGCAGUGCUGUAGCACAGUUCAAGAAAUAUAAAUCACCAAGAAUGAAGAGAUAUCUGAUGGUUCAAAUGGGAGAGGAAUACUACCAUGCAAGAGACUAUAGCAAAGCUCUUAUGCUUCUAGGUAGAGUAACGUGGGAUUAUAGACAUGAAAGGUGGUGGUCACUCCUCACCUCGGUCCUCAUAACUUCAUUAAGGUGUGCAUAUCUAGUGGGUAAUGUCCAAGAGUAUGUGACAAUAUCAAUGGAUCUGAUGGGAAAAUAUGGGCUGAAUUCACCCGAAGAGAAGACAAGAGUCCAAAUGAAUCUAAUCCAUGUCAUAUCGAAUGAAUGCCCAGAACCAGAACCAGGCUGUGAUGUAGAAGCAGUGGAAGAGGCUAAAGAAAUAUGGAAAUCAUUAGCAAAACAAACUGGACAGGUUUUCACAGUACAGAUGGACCAGAUUGCUGCAUUUGUGGAAUGCAAAGCCAAAUUUGACUCCCCAUCAAUUCAUGCUGAUAGUGCCAUUAUACUCCACAUUCAUUUAAGGGCUACAUGUCCUUUUCCUAUUCGUUUUUCCAAGCUCUCUGUUUUCUUCAGUAACCAGGCAUAUAAUCAAUACUGCUGUAUUGAUAGCAGCCAAGGAACAGACAGUGAAGGAGGGUUAUAUCUCUUGCCAGCCAAGACUAAAGUCAUCCCUUUCAAGUUUUAUCCUCAGCCUGAAGAUGUCCGCAAACAGCUUCAGGUAUCAUCUAUAGCCCUUGAACUGGGAACCCAACAGGGUCGAUGUGCUGUGUUGGUAUGGAAUGGAGGUGGUACUGAAGGAACUACAACCCUCAACUGCUUUGCAAAGCAUGGGAAUAGCCAUCCUGAUAUAGAAGAUCAACUGGACUGGGAAGCAUUACAGAUUGCCUCAAAUAUACUAAUCAAUCCUAGAGAGCCUAAGAUGGAAAUACAACUCUUCCAUGACUCUCCGACACUGGUUAAUGAGUUUUUCAAGGUGACCUUGAAGGUCAAGAGCUUGGAAGAUACCGACGUGAAAGAUAUAAGAAUUUGGUUUGGAUUUCAAGAAGAGCAUGAUCCUAGCAUAGUAGAUACUAGUACUGUUUGUCUCGAGCCACCAAAAACAGGGCAGGAAGCACCAGUCCAGAGCUUUGUUUUCUUCAACAGAGAGAGCAUGGAAAAAGAGAUGGAGCAGACUUACUAUGUGAGGUGUGCCCAAGUGGGAAGUCGCUCACUACAAGCCAAGAUAACCUACUCGGUGACGAUACCAGCUACCAGCGAUUCGACUCCAAUCACAUGUGUCUGUGUAAAGGAGAAGAAAAUCUCAGCAAAGACUGUGAUGCCUUUUGACAUUUCCUUGUCUCUUACGAGUUUACGGCUUGAACGACUUGACCAAGUCAGCGAAGAAGAACCAUUCUUAUUACUUGCGAGCAUCAAGUGUUCUUCUCCUUGGCCUGUUACCAUGGUUACAACAAGAUUGAAUCUGUCUUCAGAAGUGGACUUUGUUGGUGAGAAAAUGAAUUCACAGUUAGAAGGAGUUUCCUUACAGCAAGGAGAGAGCGCAUCAGAGUGCUACUGUCUGGCCGCACGUGAAGGCAGUAGCUCACACAAAGUAGUCAACAUCGGGAGCCUUGUCCUUGAAUGGCGCCGAGCGUCUUCCCCAUCUGACUGUCCUGCUGUAAUCACUGAACUAACUUUCCCGUCUGUCACAGUCGAAAGUGUGCCAUUUUUCAUCAACACAGAGUUGCCGUCUUAUGGGUGUGUUCAGACACUAAUGCCAAUGUCUUAUGUGAUCCAUAACCGUACAUUACAAGUACAAGAAGUAGAAGUGACCAUUGAACCUAGUGAAUCCUUCAUGUUUUCCGGACAAAAGCAGGUUCAGUUCAGACUACUUCCAGAAUCCGAUCACAAGCUAUCAUAUAAUUUAUACCCAUUAGUGCCAGGUCAUGUGACUUUACCCAAACUGCAUCUCAAUUUGCCUCGUUUUCAAACUAAUUGGGAUGAGCAUGCGCAGAAGAUGAUUCCUACCCAAGUUUUUAUAAAGCCAAGAGCCAAACCUGUAGUGCAAGUUCAGUAACAGUCGAGAAGAACAAAGAUUUGAUGACUGCAUUGGAAUAACACUGAAGGGAAUGUCAUGUAAAGAAAAUUAAAGACGAAAAUCGCAACGAAAAAAGAGGGCUAGAAACAGUUAGAAAAGUGAUUAUCCUAAGACACAACAUCUAAUGUACAUAAAUUAAAAUGGAAUCAUGUUUUAAAAUCAAAAUCUUUCGAGGAAAUAAAAUAUGUAAAAUUUCAUAGGAGUCAAUAAAACAAAUAAUGAUGGA